UUGUCUUUAAAACUUAACAUUCUGUCAAAAUACCAUCAGCACAACGCACUGGUGAAGACAAAUGCGCAAUUCCAUGGCAUUAAUGACGGGUAAUAGGAACAGAAGUGGAGUCAACCCGCUGUAACCAGUGACGGAACCCGCAUUGCAUCACAGAAUCAAUUCCUGGCCAGUGCACGCGCCCCAGGCUCUGCCGGCUUAAUUACUCCUUUACCUUUCAGCGCGUGCAGUGCACACUAAUCUGAACCGUUUAGGUGAUGCAUUAACACCGUCAAGUAGCCUAUGUGUUGAGGGAAGCGCUAGGCUUUUUUUCUUUUUCUUUUUUUUUCUUUUUUUGAAGUUUAGCUUCCAGUCUGAGGCGAAGACGAGCGAGAGGCAUCAGCAACAGGGCACUGCCAAUUCACUGGCGAGGACAAUUAUACAGAAAGUAUCGUCUAGACGAACAAUUGAGACCUAACAGCACUGACGUCAUUACUCGAUUUUGAUUGCGUUGCUCUAAUUGUGUGGGGAUUUCUUACAUUUUGCGUCAUUAAAUGGAGCGGCGAAGGUGACGUUUGGACUGUUGCGUUCGAGUGGAGCUCUUUCCAAGACUAAAGCCGGCGCGGAAAAAUAUGUAUGGACGCUAUACACAGGAGUUGGGGGCCUAUGCCAAAGAAGAGGCAGCUCGUCUGCGUGAGGAUGGAGCGCUGCGAAGGACCACCAGUGUGCGCGGCCAGGCUCCAGAACUGCUGGAGUAUGAGAAGAAUCCGUGUGCCAAGUGUCAAGUCUGUACGUCACGGUGUCAGAAGUUCCUGAUUUCCCGUGUGGGUGAAGACUGGAUCUUCCUCAUCCUCCUGGGGCUUCUCAUGGCAUUGGUCAGCUGGGCCAUGGACUAUACUAUUGCCUUCUGCCAGCAAGCACAGAAGUGGAUGUAUGGUGGUCUGCACAGUAACAUGCUGCUGCAAUACCUGGCCUGGGUCACCUAUCCAGUAGUUCUCAUCACCUUCUCUGCCGGCUUCACACAGAUACUGGCGCCACAGGCAGUGGGCUCUGGGAUCCCAGAGAUGAAGACCAUCCUCCGAGGUGUGGUGCUGAAAGAGUACCUCACUUUCAAAACCUUCGUUGCCAAAGUGAUUGGCUUAACUUGUGCCCUUGGAAGUGGCAUGCCUCUGGGCAAAGAGGGACCAUUUGUUCAUGUUGCCAGUCUGUGUGCUGCUCUGUUGAGCAAAUUCAUGGCCUUGUUUGGAGGAAUCUACAUGCUGAAGGAAGAGCCCUUUGAGGGAAACAAGAAUGAGCUGAGGAACACAGAGAUGCUGUCAGCCGCCUGUGCAGUGGGGGUGGGCUGUUGCUUUGCGGCCCCUAUUGGAGGAGUGCUGUUUAGUAUUGAGGUCACAUCUACGUUCUUUGCUGUGAGGAACUACUGGAGAGGAUUCUUCGCUGCAACCUUCAGUGCCUUUAUCUUCAGGGUGCUGGCAGUGUGGAAUAAGGAUGAGGAGACGAUCACAGCUCUCUUUAAAACGCGCUUUCGUCUGGACUUUCCCUUUGACCUUCAAGAGCUUCCAGCUUUUGCUGUGCUCGGAAUUGCCAGUGGUUUUGGAGGGGCGUUGUUUGUGUACCUGAACAGGAUCAUAGUGGAGUCUAUGAGAAAGCAGAAAACCAUCAACAAGUUUUUGCUAAAAAAAAGACUGGUGUAUCCGGCAGUGGUCACUCUUCUUAUCUCUACACUCACCUUUCCUCCAGGCUUUGGACAGUUCAUGGCAGGCCAGCUUACUCAACAUGAGUCACUAGUGGCACUGUUUGACAACCUGACCUGGUACAAGCAAGGUGUUGCUGAGGAGUUUGAGUACUCAAGUCACGUACCUCAGGCCUGGAAGCACCCGCAAAUCAGUGUGUUCAUCACACUCCUCCUCUUCAUUGUCAUGAAGUUCUGGAUGUCAGCUGUGGCCACAACAAUGCCUGUGCCUUGUGGGGCCUUCAUGCCGGUUUUCCUCAUUGGGGCUGCAUUCGGUCGACUGGUCGGCGAGAGUAUGGCCGCUGUCUUCCCUGAAGGAAUACACGCCGACGGCACUGUAUAUCCCAUAGUUCCCGGCGGAUAUGCAGUUGUCGGGGCGGCGGCUCUUUCUGGCGCAGUCACUCACACCGUGUCCACCGCCGUCAUUGUGUUCGAGCUGACCGGUCAAAUCUCACACAUCCUGCCCGUGAUGAUCGCUGUGAUAUUGGCCAAUGCCGUGGCUCAGAGUCUACAGCCUUCCCUCUAUGAUUCCAUCAUCCGGAUCCAGAAACUUCCCUACCUGCCAGAGCUGGGCUGGGGACAAGAGAAAUAUAAUAUCCGCGUGGAGGAUAUAAUGGUGAGAGAUGUGCGGUAUAUCACUCUCUCCUCCUCUUACCGGGACCUGCAGGAAGCUCUCGUAACAGGCCAGCUUAAAACGCUGGCCCUGGUGGAGUCCAAAGAGUCCAUGAUCCUGCUGGGUUCUAUAGAGCGCUCCCAGCUGCAGUCACUGCUCUCGCAGCAGCUCGGCCGAGCUCGCAGGCUGGACUUCUUGAGAGAACGUGCUCAGGACAAUGGCACCCAUGUGCCCACCUUCCCCCAAGACUCUCCCAAGACUGGCCGUGGUGUACGUUUCCUGAUCUCCACUGAAGAGUCCUCCUACAGCCCCACGCUGACUAACUCCCAGAUCCCCCUCAAGUCUGCUCUGAAGACGGUGUCUGCAAUCAGCAACACAGAGUCACUGAACAGCUCUCCAAAUCUUUCCCCUGGGGAACCUGUGAAGGAGCAAGUAGAGAGCAAAGCUGGCCCCAAGGCUCCUAAGAGGAGCAGGAGGCCCAAGCGUGUGAAGAUACCCAUGGCGGAUACACCUGAUGUAGAAGAUGACAUGUCAACAGCAGAGAUAGCAGAGUGGGAGGAGCAACAGUUGGAUGAGGCUGUUAAUUUCAACAACUGUAAAAUAGACCCCGCCCCCUUUCAGCUGGUGGAACGGACAUCUUUGCAUAAGACACACACCAUUUUCUCACUACUUGGCCUGGAUCACGCCUAUGUCACCAGUACCGGACGUCUAGUAGGAGUCGUCUCUUUGAAGGAGCUGCGUAAGGCCAUCGAGGGCUCCGUAACUGUGACCGGAGUGAAAGUCCGUCCCCCGCUGGCCAGCUUUCGCGACAGCGGCAACAGCAGCAGCGUCUCAGAGGUCACCGAGCUCCACAAGUUCUGGAGUCGUCACAAGAGCCUGUCAUUGCCACGGGAACCCAACCUCCCUGACCUGGAUGACCAAACAGAGCAGCCGUCCGAAGGCAGCCUGGUGAAUGAGACGGAGUGCACAGAGCUGUCCAGUCAGAACAGCCCCUUACACACAGACGACCAAUCGGAGCUGCCUUACGCUGAUAUCACGCCCCAAGAGGAGCACAUAUCGCAGCUCCCCUGUGACUGUAUCAACCCGAUGGAGGUUGGCGGCUCAGAGGCGGUCAGCGAGCAGUGCCCAGCUCCGAAUGAGGAAGCGUUGAACAAGGGAGGCCCCUCGCUGUCAGCCGGUCAGCUGGAAUGACAGCUGCUUGCAGUUGGUAACGCACACUUCAUAUACACCAUAAGCGGGAUUGUGAAGUCAGGUUGAGGAAAACCUGGAGAGAAUCUUUAAGCAGUGAAGCACACUUUCUGCUCCGUACUAAUCAAACCAACCCCAAUCGCUGGUCCUGCCUUCACACGAAACAUGCCGUGUGUGUUUGUAUGUGUGGGAUGUCAUAGAUGUGUGCUGCAGAGUGAGUGCCGUGUGGCUUUGGAUAUGUUUAAUGAUUUCAGGCGGGCUCAUGAGUGAUCGUCUGUUUGUAUGUGUGCAUUCGUCAUAAAUUUGUUUGAUUUGUGGUCUCAUUGUACAUUUGUUUGUGUGUGCCUGAGAUUCAUUUAAAUAAGUUUAUGUUCGAUGAUGUCACAACGUUUUUUUGUGUGUGCGCGGGUUUUCAUCAACAUUUUGUGUGUCGAUUUAUGGCUUCACGGCGCAUUUGUCUGUGUGUUUCUCCGUCUUUGCGCAAGCGACAGAGUGUGUGUAAGAAAAGCCGAGUGUGUGUGCGAGAGUGACUCAGCUGCACCUAGCCAACGCACCCAUCUGGUGCCGACACUUUAAAUCCAAAUAAAAUUGUCUUUGAGAGCCAAACUACAAUUUUGCUCUAAAUAUAGCCCUUAAUAACCCACACUGCAAGGAAACAUGGAGGGACAGAGCGGGGGAAAUAAAGGGAGCGGGUGGGCAAGAGAGGACACAGAAGACACGGGGAGAACAAGAACAUGAUGCAGAAUGAGAGAAAAACAGAAAGGACACAGGAAAGAGAGUCAUGGAAAGGCAGGAGAACGAAUGGGAGAGUGGGGUAAACUGUCGCUUUUUACUUAAUGAUCAACUAGGCAAGAAGAAACAAGUAAUCAGGCAAAUGAAUAUGCCUGAUUAUACUUCAGAUUACGCAGGGGCACAAAAAUAUGACUUCGAAAGAAAAAUGGUGUAGUGACACAACUUACCCCACAUUAGGGGUAAGAUGUGUCAUGAUAAGGGGAAAGUUGAACCAUUAGGGAACUAUUUCCGGAAAAAUGUGAACAUUUAAUGAAUAUAAUCUCAUUUUAAGUUUUAUUUUGCUGCAUAAGAUUCACAUUUUCAUAAAUAACUAGAAAAAAUGUUGUGAAUUUGCAUGUAGUAAAACUUUUUUUUUUUUUUUUAGCAUUUUAUCAUACUAUUUGUUUUUCCUGCAUUUGGAUGCAAAGCUAAUCUUCACAUCUUCACUAUUAGCCACUGGCACCUUUUACACACUUUACCCCAAAACUAAAAUUUAGGGGGAAACAAAAUCUUCGUAGCUAAAUUAAUUUAUUUUUAUUAAUGACAUGAUUAAAUAAUUCAUACCAUGAGUUUUAUACACUGGCAAUUCACCAAAAUGUGUGAUUAUAUACAGUACUGUGCAAAAGUCUUAGGCCACCACCACGUGACUUUGACAGUUUGAUACACGCUCCGAACCACUGAUUCGAAACAAAAGAUUCGUAAAGCUUUGAAGCUUCAUGAAGCAGUGUUUUGAAAUCGCCCAUCACUAGAUAUUGUUGAAUAAAGUCAUUAUUUUGUUUUUUUGGCACACAAAAAGUAUUCUCGUCGCUUCAUAUCAUUAAGGUUGAACCACUGCAGUCACAUGAACUGUUUUAAAUGUCUUUAGUACCUUUCUGGGCAUUUGAAAGCGUUAAUUAUCUUGCUGUCAAUAGAGGUCUCACUGAGUCAUUGGAUUUUAUCAAAAAUAUCUUAAUUUGUGUUCUGAAUUAAACUAAGGUCUUACGGGUGUGAAACAACAUGAGAGUGAGUAAUUAAUGACAGAAUUUUCAUUUUUGGGUGAACUAACCCUUUAAUACUGCAUACAAAUUUCCUGUAUUUUAUGGUUAUAUUUAAAUAGAGACUGAGAAAUAAUUUAAUAUGGUCAUUAUACCAUCGCUAAGACAACAUAUAAUGGUGGCCUAAGACUUUUGCAAAAUACUGUAUUUUUGAUAUAACAUCAACAUUUUACCUGCCAUGUAUAAAAUUUACUUUAAGAGGAAAAAUGCUAUUGUGUUUUGAACCAUUUAAAAAUAUAUGGUCAUGUGAUGAAAAAUGUUCACAGUUUGCUAGAUUAUGGGGCGGCACAUCUUACCCCAAUCUCCCAUACAAAACCAACAGCGAUUCACAGUCUCACAGUGGAGUUUCCAACCAGGGUAGUUUUGAAGCACAUUGUAAUUAUCAUCCAAACUAAACACAGCAAUACACAAGCGUUUCAUAUACUGACAGCAUCAGAAAAAACUCCUUUGACGAAGCAUCGUUGAGUAGACGGUUUGGAUAGUGCUGCCUGUAAUUAUGAGUAAUGAUAUACCACGAUAUGUAGGCACGUUAAGCAUGCACAAAUCUGUAUCAGGACCAGUGUGCAGCAUAGCUGCCUGGCCAUUUAAAAAGUAUUAAAGCAUCUUCCCUAGAAACUCAAAAUACCCAGAGAGACUCCAAGUGGAGAAACGGAGCCUCUUAAAUUCUUAAUUAUAUGCAUGCACCCCAACGCAAUCAUUUGCAUGCUCACACACUCGCAUAAACAAUACGCAUCGUAUUGCUUUUUUCUAGCCAGCUUAAAUACAGCCAUUUAAAAAGCCUGUUUUAUGUAUUACUUCAUCAGAUUUACUUACAUGGCCUUUUGCUUUUUCAAAUCCAGAGCUCUAUAUUUUUUGCACGUGCUCACAAGGUGUACAACAUGUCACAGACUACAACACCAGUGUAGAUUGACUGAUAAAGUUUUCAACUGUGUUAGAACUGCAAGAACCAGCCUUUGUAUAAAUACCAUUGCAGGGAGUUUGUAGUCACUGUGCAGAUCUCAUCCAGUAAUGUUCAAAUUUGAAUCAUCAAAGUAUUAAAAUGUAAUUCAUUACAAUGAUGGAUAUUCUGUGUACCUGCAUAUCUGAAUUGUUUUACAUAUAUGUGAAGCUUUUAACAUGAUUUUGAGCUGUCGACUGUGCAAUAUUAGAAUUAAUGCUUGCCGAAUAGGGUUAUUUUACUAAACACUGGCUCUGUUUCUACAGUGCAUAUUAUUUUGAAACUGUUUGCAAUAAUGCACAUCAUGAAUAGGACAUGUACUGAAACAAACUUUUAAUGCCUUUAAAUUUCGCUUUCACAACCUGCAAAGUGUUUACUGGACCUCAGCGGUGGAGUUUUCACUAGUUUCAACCUGAGAAUGGUGUUUUAAUGUUCUGUUUGCAUCAAAACUGUCUGAACGACACUAUGCAGUAUGGUCAAGAACAGCACAACUACCCCAGACGCAGAGCUAAAUGGAGAAUGAGUUUUUUUUUUUGUUUGUUUUUUUUCUUGUGCACUGCAGAAAUGGGAGGCUACGGGUUUGAUUUAAACGGAUCAAGGCGAGUGGACCAAAACCAUAACCAUGACUUCCUGACACAGCCUUUUCUCAUUCUCUCAGAAACGCCUGCUACGGGCAGAGCAGGAUGUUUCAUCGCCAUUUAUCCGGCUGCACUAAUCAGCUGUUUUAUUAACGUUUGUUAUAAAACCGAAUCCUGGUGUGGAACAGGAAUAACUUAAGCUAAUAAUGAUCUUUAGAUAUGUUGUGUCACGUUUUGUCUCUGUUAGCCGCUUGUGCAGUUUAAGUCAAGCCCACAAUGUGUAAACUGUCUGCUAAUAUGCCGCACAUUCAGUGUAGAGUUAAGCAAUAAGUCUGCGCCCAUAUCCGUAAAUGGUUUUUAUAAAUCAUUUGCUUGUACAGAAUACAGGGUAAAGCGGUAUGUAUAUGAACUCUAUUCACAUACCCUGUACAUAUAGAGAUAAGCAUACUGAAUCAGCUGUUACCAUUAUUUUUCAGAAAACAUGAAAUUGUUUUGUACAUCAGUAAAUAUUAAAUUUCAACUUUAAAGCUUU